AUGGGGCUUUUGUAUGCAGGAAAUGAUUCCCUUUUUGAAUCUACAGGACUUAAUGGGCAUUCCUCAGUGCGAAGAGUUGCUAUUGGAUCAGGGAAGGUUCUGAGUAUUCACAAAAUGCCAGACUCUUACUUUGGGGAGGGUUUGACUCUUUUAGGUGACAGGUUGUUUCAAGUUACUUGGUUGAAGAAAACUGGUUUCAUAUAUGAUCGAAGUAACUUGAGAAAAAUUAAGACAUUUAAACAUCAAAUGGAAGAUGGGUGGGGCCUAGCAACUGAUGGGAAAGUUUUAUUUGGAAGCGACGGGAGUUCAAUCUUAUACGAGAUGGACCCUCAGACGUUCAAAGUUGUAAGAAAACAUAUCAUCAUGUUCAAUGGGCAAGCCGUGUACAACCUGAAUGAACUGGAGUAUGUGAACGGUGAAAUAUGGGCAAAUGUUUGGCAGACUGACUGCAUUGCCAGAAUAUCGGGUAAAGGUGGCAUAUUCCUUGGAUGGAUAUACCUCCCGGAUCUGAGGAAACAACUAAUAGAAUCUGGACACACGGAUAUUGAUGUUCUUAACGGCAUAGCAUGGGAUCAGGAUCAGGACCGUCUUUUCGUGACCGGAAAGUUGUGGCCGAAGCUGUAUGAGAUUAAGGUUCAGCCAAUGAAAAAACCAUAUGGAAUUGAUAUUGAAAGACUGUGCAUGAGGCCUCCAGUGCACUUUGGAAAAACAUAG